AUGACUACCGCACUCAAGAGCAUCCGAUCCCUCGUCCCUCUUCUCGACCGCGUUCUCGUCCAGCGAAUCAAGGCCGAGUCGAGAACAGCUGCUGGAAUCUACCUCCCGGAAAGCAGCGUCAAGGAGCUGAACGAAGCCAAGGUUCUGGCUGUGGGACCCGGUGGAUUCGACAAGGAUGGAAAGAGGAUGGCAAUGAGCGUCAAGGAAGGUGACAAAGUUUUGAUCCCUCAGUAUGGCGGAAGCCCGGUGAAAGUGGGAGAGGAGGAAUACCACCUGUUCCGGGAUCAUGAGCUUCUCGCAAAGAUCAACGAAUAA